CUCCAGCAGGCUGCCAGCCUCGACGCCAGACCGACAGCAGCUCGCCGUCCUGCCAGCCUCUCCCUCCCAGUGUCGGAGCCGUGCCUCAGCGUCUGCGCGCAAGCCCUGCGGUCCAGCCCGCCUCUCGUUCCGGGGACAGUCCGACCGUUCGUGAGCUGUCUUGUGACGACAGAGGGAGGAAAUGGCGAGACCUCUGCCCAUAAACCCAACUUUCCUGCCGCCGACCCACGGCGUCCUCAAGUCCCUGCUGGAGAAUCCGCUCAAGCUGCCCUUCCACCACGACGACGGGUUCAGCAAAGAGAAGGAGAAAGAGAAGAAGCUGGAGGAUGAGAGCGGCGUGUCCAAACACCCACAGUCGGCCUUCCUGGGUCCCACCUUGUGGGACAAGACCUUGCCCUACGAUGUGGACAACUUCCAGCUGGAGUACAUGGACCUGGAGGAGUUCCUGUCCGAGAACGGCAUCCCUGCCAACACAGCCCAGAGCGAGCAGGCGCCCCAGUCGGCGCCGCCUCAGCCCGUCUCCAUGCAGCAAGCCCCCCCACAGACCCCGACCACGCCGUCGGUGGUGGACCUCAGCAGCCGCGCCACCACCUCGGUCCACACGGGCAUGCCGCCGCAGCCCUGCCUGCACAGCCCCGGCACCACAGCCCGCGACACCCCCAGCCCCAUCGACCCCGAGACCAUCCAGGUGCCCGUGACCUACGAGCCCGACCCCGCCGACCUGGCUCUGUCCAGCGUGCCAGGCCAGGAGAUGUUCGACCCGAGGAAACGCAAGUUCUCCGCCGAGGAGCUGAAGCCGCAGCCCAUGAUCAAGAAGGCCCGCAAGGUGUUCAUCCCCGAGAACCUGAAGGACGACAAGUACUGGGCUCGCCGCAGAAAGAACAACGUGGCGGCCAAGCGCUCGCGGGACGCCCGGCGCCUGAAGGAGAACCAGAUCGCCAUCCGGGCCGGCUUCCUGGAGAAGGAGAACGCCGCUCUGCGCAUGGAGGUAGCAGACUUGCGGAAAGAGCUGGGCCGCUGCAAGAACAUUAUGGCCAAAUACGAGGCCCGACACGGGCCGCUGUGAGUCCCCCCGCCCGCCCACCUGCUCACCCAUCAGCCCCCACCGUAUACCCUGAGUUUGAAGGACAAUGGUGGCACUGCCCCCCGCCUGAUUCUCUCACUGUCAUUUGACGCUGCUCCUCUCAGCUCACCCAUCAUGACUCACCCGUUCAUCUUGCCCCGGCCCUCCAAACCAUUCGAUACUGGCGAGAGCCCACUUUCCUCCCAUCGUUGCAAAUGUUUGGUGGGUUCUGUUGCUUGUUUUCUUUUUUCCAUUUCGUCUCCUGGUGACGUCGUCUUUUCAGGUGGUUUCUAAGAGCGCCUUCUUCAGGUUCCUCUAGACUGUGACGAUACUUUCAGCUUCUGUCCGUGGAGAUGCUCCUCUAAAUUCAGAUGUGGUCUUUCACUUGGGCUCUUUCCUCGCGCACCUGCAUUUCUCCACACUGUUGCCCUCGUCUGUUCCUCGCCGCGAGCAAUAACAGCCCCAUCUCCACCACCUGAACUAGUCCUGACGUCCCUCGCGGGGACUCUUCAGCGCCCGCCCGCACUAAAGCGUCGCCACAAUCGCUCCUCCCUUCCCGCCGCCACUUAUUUAUCAGCAGCUCCUGGAGACGGAAGGUGGUGUUGUGACAUUAGAAAAGAGACGUGUAACUGAUUGUCGUAGUGAGUUCUCUCACCGCAGAAGCUUCAUUUCCCUCCCUUUUGUCUUGUUUUGUUGAUCAUCCUUUGGCUUCUAGCAUGCUUUUCUUUUAGAGUCGAUCCAGAUGUUCGUAGUCUCUGUCGGCCGUCCGUCCGUCACGACGGCUGAAUGAAUGUACCGGUGUGGAGGAGGAAGGGUUGGACGGCGAAGCUCCAUUUGUUUACUGCAGACCAAACGACUCGCAGCAGAGAAGAUAUAUUGGUUACCAGAGAAAUGUUUAUAUGAACCUCUUCUGUUGUUUUUGUACAGUAUUUUUCCUAUCGACAUUACUAUGUAUUUUAAAGGCACAACAGAUCCAAGAUUAUUAAAGAAUAUGGAACUAUA